AUGCAAGGACCUGGCGCGUCUUCCCUGGCUUCCCAGCCCCAACACAAGACAGGUUCACGACCAACGUCUCCGGACUCGCAAAUGACGAACAGCUUACAUCGUGCAACUGCGACUAUUGACGAGUUCACCACAGCACUGGCAAAGGUUUCACGAGCACCUUCUCCGGAUGCAGCAGACCGUGACUUGUUGCACUGCUGCUGUGGUCGAGAGGAUUGUGCCAAUGCGGCUGCAUGGACGGCCUUCCAGAAUAAGCUCGAAAGUCGGUUGAUUUUGUGUGCUGAGGUUGGACAGGCUUUGUUGGCGAAACAUGAAGCCUAUAUACGAAGACACGGUCUAGACGACUCCGAUGCUCAGUCAGAUGAUGGAAGCGACUUGUCACGACCGGAAACCCCAACUCUUCACUCCUCAAAUCUGAUCUUGGACCCUGAGAAACAAGUAUUAGAAUUAAGGAAAGAGAAUUCGUCACUGGAGAAGAAAUUACAUGCAGCUCUACUCAACGCAGAAAUAUCUGAGGCAUCGAAGAAGUCGUUAUAUCAAGAGCUGGACGAGGCUAAAGAGUCACUCUCAAAACUCACCAUAAAUCAGGCAAAGUCAGCUGGUUGGGACACCCGUUUGAAUACUAUCUCUGAGGAGAAGGACGAUCUUCAGCAGGAGCUUGAUAGCGAGAGGCAAAGAGCGAAGAAUGCAGAAGCUCACGUCGCAUCGCUUAGAGAACGCUGUGUUAAGCUUCAGUCAGAGAUGGGUCGGUUGUAUGAUGAACUGGAUCAACAAAAACAAUCCCGAACCGAGCUCUCUGAAGAAAUAGUUCGCGAUGCUCGAGCUCGUCUGCAAAUGGUUCAACACCAACAAUUUGGGCACUCAUUGCUGUCUGACAACCCAGAGAUUACUCAGAUGAUGGAGUCCUUGGUCGCUGAUAACGAAGCUUUGAAGCGCGAUGUCGCAGAAUUACAGAAUCUCCUCGCAGAAUCUCGAGAGGAUGUCCGCGUGUUACAGGAGGAAGUCCAGGAGUCGCGGGUAGCGGGACGCAUGUCGAGGAAUAUUUCUUCUUUAUCGACUCGUCCAGGUCACGGCUAUUCGUUUAGCUGGGCCUCAUCAUUUGGACAAGCUCCUCUCUCUCCCGUUUCUCGCAGUGCGGCUCACUCUACGCAACCUAGCGAAUCAUUAUCACCUCAGCCCGAAGCCCGACCGCUCUCUCCGCCGGAGUCUCGUGCAGCAUCUGAGAGACGCUUUCCAGCUUUAUCCAGCCCUCGUCCGAAAUACCCUCCCUCGCAGCUCAAUCUUGAUAUCGAAGACAGGAAUGCGCGCAUAAAAUCUCCUGACUUUCCUGGGAAGAAGUCGCCUAGAAGGCCUCUUUUUCUGUUGUCGCAGAAUAAGGCUGUCCAAACGGAUGACAUUAGUUGGACGAGUCUGCUUUCUCCGGUACAUCGCGCUCAGACGGAUGACGGCUCAUCAUCGACCCCAGCUCGUGAAGGAAGAUCUGAGUCAUCGUCAUUGGCAGAUACGCAUUCAUAUGCUUCGACGAUUGCUGCUGUCGUUGACCGAGCCAAUUCUCUGUUCACCCGUAUGACACAAGCCGAUGCUCGGACUCUCAUGAACCGGCUCAAGCGCCAGCGACUCGCAGGUGACAUUUCACAUUUGUCGCAUGCGACCGUUUCUUCCAUCCUUUCGGAUGCCAAUAGCCUCCGCUCACAUUUCCGUGGUGUUCUUGAAGAUGAACGAGCCAUAAGCACAUGCACUAGGCGGGACUUGCGUGCCUUACUUGGAUUAUUGCGCGAGAUGGUUGGAGAGAUGGGUAUGAUGCGUAUUGCUCUAAACGAUGUCAUUCUCGACCCUUCCUUAGCGCCUAAGUUAAGUGAAGCCGCAAUGGAUCCCUCGAAGGAUUUGACCGAGGCAGGUACUCGUGGAGCCAAGUCCAACGCGUCCGGUUGGAUGGCACCUCUAUCGAAACUCUUCUCUGGUGUAAACACGCAAGCGGACGACAAAGUGGCGGAGCGUGUGUCUACCCCUUCUCGGGCGGUGUCUGGUGCAACCGCAGCAAACGCGACGCUGCGACAGAAACCGCCCAAGUUUGCCCCGAAAUCUGGUCCUGCACUUGCAGCAUCUGCUACUACCGUUAACGUCGAGUUCUCCGGCGCAGGCGUUGGUCGCUCGGUCACUUCAAGUGCUACUGCUCCCAUUGUCGUGAGCUCGGGUGGAGAAGCUGCAAGAUCGGAAACCCCUGUUCCCGGAACUCUAUCAUCUCGGGCCGUUAUGGGUAUCUUUGCUGGUGCGCCUCAGCCCCAGAAGGACGACCCUUGGAUUUUCGUCACUUCAAAGCCAGACAAGAGGCUUCGUGGCCAGAAGUCCACUAUGGAUAUGCGCACAGCAACAUUAACCAGAUCCGCGGGUCGAUGGGGUGCUCCACGUUUACCGAGGAAUGUCGAUGCCGUAGUCGACUCUGGAUCAGCAAUUCACGACUCGGACGAGGAAGAAAAUGAUGAAACUAACGUUCCAAACACGCUUCUUGAACGUACUCUACGACCUAGAGGCUUAUCGGACUCGUCCAUACGAUCGACAUUUUUGAACGAUGGAGCCAAUCCUACCUCGCCGAUAAAUAAUGCUCCACAGGCCCCAGCCCCGACACCGAUUUCACCCGUUCCUGUCCGUGCGCCGUUACGUGGAAGAUCUGUGUUGCAGCAGAGUACGCUCAAUCCGUCGAGCACGUCUCGACCAUCGGUCCUGCAAGCGUUUAGCCGAGCGUUUGCUAUUCCAUCUCUAUCAACGCCUCCUGCCAACUCUUCCUCCCCACCUGCCUCGAUUCCAACUGGGCCGCAGCAGACCGUAUCAAAACGUGCAAUGUCACCACGUGGCGGACGUUUCCUGCCCAGUAUCGCAGGCUGGGCAGCUUCACAGGCAGGUCUUGAUGCAGAAGCUACAGAAGAGUUUGUUGGGAGCGUCCGAGAACGGGAAGAUGAUACAACCUUUGCGCGCCGAGCAUGGCACCGUGACAUGCUAGGAAGGGAGCUCUAG